AUGCUUUAUUGCAAGAUUUACAAACUUUUCUUCAUACCUGCCAUUCUACUCUCCAUCAAUUUAAACUCAGUUCUUGGAUUUUCUUCAAGUAAAGAUAUAGAGGAAGGCUUACUAAAUGGUAAGAACAUGAACCAAGCUUUUUGGCCUCAAACUGGCUCUAAUCAUAAUGAUGCAACAGUAGAAUCUCAUGACGGCAUACCAUCAGGCCAUUUGCUUUUGUCUACCAAUUCUGCUCAGUCUUGCCCUCAAUGUGAACGGUCAAGAUUACAGGAUAAUGACAGGCGCCCCAUCCUUCCAGUAUUAGAAGGCUUUGAGCCUAGAAGGGCAACAGGAGGAAUCUUCAAUGAUGUGUAUAGCCCUCACAAUGCUAUGGAAAUUUCUCCUCUGGUUCAUUUUGAGAGAUUCAAUAAGCAAGGCAAUGGUGUAGGGAUUUACAAUGAAGAAGAUCUAUGGAUGUCAAAAUUUGCAGGAGACUUUGGAUUCAUGAAUCACUGGAAUUUCUCACCACUCCCAGAGGGCACAUUUGACAACAUUUUGAAGACAUCCAACCCCAAGGACAUUGUAAAAGAUUUGCAAAACAACUCCCCUGCAUCCACAAUUGCAACAGCCCAUUUGACACACCAAAUAACUAGCACCCCUGGAAUCAUAUCACAAGGUCAUGCAAUAGAAGCAGAUUCUACAAAGUCUCCAAAAAUGAGUGAUUUGGUGUGGCAUGGGGGCUGUAUGGCAGAGUUGUCAACAGAUGACUAUCCCAUAUCAGAUCUUGUGAUCAACAAUAGUUUCAUGAAGAAAGGGGCUCAAAUCAAUCAGCCAGAAAACAACCAAGUAGGUAUUGAUGUAAGCAGCCAUAGAUAUUCAAAUAGCCCAAGUUACCCAAGGAGUCUGGACCCAGAAAUUCCCUUCAUAUCCAUACCCAACAAAGAUUAUAAAAACCUCCACCACCCUUCAGAUUCAGAUAUACUCACCAAUGCCAACAUUUAUAGAAGUCUUGAAUUUUUCCCAGAGAAUCUGGGAACUCAUGUUUGGGACAAUAGUCUAGAGAAACAUAUGUCCAAAAAUCACUGGUCAGUCACUCCAAGUGACCUACCUUUGACAUCACAUCUGGGGGUUUCAAUGGAUUUUGAAAGUUCAAAAGACAUGCACUCAAGAGAAGAUAAAUUCAUAAGUCCAUCAAAUGAAACACCACUCACAAUUCAUGAACACACAAAAUUAGACAACUCAUUCAGUCUUUGUAACGAUCAUAUUUAUGGUAUGAUAGGUAUGCAAACCUUACCAGAUUUCCAUCAAACCUUUGGAAAAGGGAAUACACCUCUUUGUGAAGGGGAUUUUGCAAAAAAUGAGUCCCCCAAUCUAAAAUCAUCUAUCAAUCCAGAAUGCAGGUCCGAUUUAAAUUCACAGGGAAUUGAAAUCCAAUCAUCUCAUGAGAACCUAGACAGCAGGACAAUACUUGAUGAUCCAAGAGAAAGGCAGAUGUGCAAAAGGUUGAAAAAUAAUUUUGGAGCUCAAGGAAAAUCAGAUAGAUACCAAGAGCUUCUGGUUUCAAAGCACAAAAUCAGGGAGAGGGAAUCUGACCUGCAAGAUAUAUUCAAACACAAUAAGGGCAAGAAGUACUGCAUUGCAGAAGUUCCAGUUGCAGGACUGAAAUCUACUUCAAUUUCCAAUUCACAGUCUUACUGUAGCCAUAAUGGACCUUAUGUAGGAGCAGAUGCAGUGGAUUCUUCAAAGGAAGAGCUACUCUUUGAAGUGCCCAAUGUAGAUUCUCACACCACUGCCUUUCCUCAAAAAGUGUCUGAUUAUUUGAACACAUUGGGAAGUAGGAACAACUUGAAAGAUGCAUUCAGGUUCACUGCACAUGAAUCAAAUCAUGAAAAAAUUCUACAUGUAAAUGAUUUCAAAACUAAAACAGGGAAGACAUGGAAUCAGGUCGUUGCCAAUGAAAACCAAAACAUUUACCAACAUCAGCCCAGAUCAUCAUUUGAUCUCUCAAUUUUCAAAUACCUUACUCCCUUCAUGACAGAGCUUGAACAAUUCCUUGAAACAGGCACGGAUCUUACACAAAGGGCAACACCAGACAGCUUUAGAAUGAGAUUGAUGCUUAUGACACAUGAAUUCCUGUUAUUGCUAUUGAAAGCCAAAUUAACUUUUGAUCCAGAUGAAGAAGAUCUAAAUGGAAUUCUGGUUGAAGGCUACCAAUGGGUAAUAAAUAUUUGGAGAACUAUUCCAAUGAAGACAUUUACCUUGAACAAUGUUCUGCAAAGAACAACGCAUACUGGAGCCUCAACUGAAAUCCCAUCAAUUGAAGAUACACUGAUUUCAAGGAUUGCUAUUUGUAAUUUCUUUAAUAGAAGCCAACAUCAAUUCCUGGCUUACAUAAUUCUUAAGUGGAUGCAGCAAUUCAGACCAAGAUGGUUCAAAACUGCCGAAAAAACAAUCAAAUGUUUACCCAAGGAACUACCAGCAUAUAAACCUAAGUAUCCUCUGGCUCAGAAGUUACUUUCUCAUCUCAAUAGAACAGUCCUUGGUAUGAAGAUUGAUGCAUAA